AUGGGAAGUUAUAACUCAGUGCAUAAUAAAUCUGCAAAAUCAGUUGUUGAUGUGAUGAAUGUAACUCGGCAUAUAGAUAAAGUUAUGAAUCAAGAAUUUUCUAAACAGAUUCAAAAGAAUCGAUUAAGACUUGCGGCAACAAUUGAGAGUGCCCGUUGGCUUAGUUUGCAAGCAUGUGGAUUAAGAGGUCAUGAUGAAUCUUCAGCUUCUCAAAAUUAUGGUAAUUUCAUUGAGAUGCUAAAACUUUUGGGAAAAUGGAAUGCUAGUAUUGGCGAUGUAAUCUUAGAGAAAGCACUGGGAAAUGCAAAAUAUACCUCACCAGAAGUUCAAAAAGAAAUCUUGCAUAUUAUUGGUAAUAGAGUCAGAAACAAAAUUCGUGCUGAAAUUGGAGAUUCUAAGUUUUGUAUUUUGGUGGAUGAAGCGAAGGAUAUAUCUAACAAAGAACAGAUGGCUAUAAUUUUGAGAUUUGUUGAUGCUCAUGAUUUUUUACGGGAGUGUUUUUUCCAAAUUGUGCAUGUUCAUGACACCACAGCUGCAACACUUAAGAAAGAAAUAUAUGAUGUCCUCACCAGAUAUAAUCUAGAAAUACACAAUAUUCGGGGUCAAGGGUAUGAUGGUGCUAGUAACAUGUGUGGUGCUUUUAAUGGAUUGCAAGCUUUAUUUCUUAAAGAUUGCCCUUAUGCAUAUUAUGUACAUUGUUUUGCCCAUCGACUCCAACUAGCGUUAGUUGCAGCUGCUGAAAAUGAGAUCUCUAUAUGGCUUUUCUUUUCAAAUUUGACGACUAUUGUUAAUCUUGUUACAUCUUCGUCCAAACGCAAUGUCGAGUUACAAUCUGCUCAAGUUAAUGAAAUUGCACGUUCUGUUGUUACUGGUGAACGCGAGACUGGACGAGGAGCUAAUCAGAUUGGUACUUUGCAUCGAGUAGGAACUACUCGUUGGAGCUCCCAUUUUGAUUCUAUUUGCGACUUAAUAGAUAAGUAUAAUGCAACUAUUAAUGUGCUUGAAGAUAUUAUCAUGAUGGUUCCUCUACUUCGAUGCGUGGGGAAGCUGGUGGUUCCUUAA